GGUAGACGCAGCGAGGAAAGGGCGGGUUUAUAAGCGGGAGGCGAGUGUGUAGUGUUCUUUUUCACUGUGCCUCUUCGUUUGUCCAGUCUCUUCGUUUUUGGGAUCCUGCCGUUCUUAUCAGCGCCGCCAUGAAGACCGCCCCGCUCUUGUCCCCACUCCUCUGUUUGCUGUUCCUGGGUCGGGCCUGCGUCGCCGCCGAUGCGGAUAUCGAGGAAGAGGAGGGCGUCCUAGUGCUCAAGGGGGCCAACUUCGAGCGGGCGCUGGAGCAACACCCGAAUAUUCUGGUGGAGUUCUAUGCACCCUGGUGUGGUCAUUGUAAAGCUCUGGCACCAGAGUAUGUGAAGGCGGCAGCGAAACUGAAAUCUGAGAAUUCAGAGAUCAGGCUGGCUAAAGUGGAUGCAACAGAAGAAUCAGAGCUUGCCCAACAGUUUGGUGUUCGAGGCUAUCCUACUAUCAAAUUCUUCAAGAAUGGUGAUAAAUCUUCUCCCAAAGAGUAUACAGCAGGCCGGGAAGCAGAUGACAUUGUGAACUGGUUGAAGAAACGCACAGGCCCAGCAGCCACUACCCUGAUGGAUGUAACUGCUGCUGAGAAUCUCGUGGAAUCCAGUGAAGUUGCUGUGAUUGGGUUUUUUAAGGAUGCAGAAUCUGAUGCCGCCAAACAGUUCUUGUUGGCUGCAGAGUCUGUUGAUGACAUUCCUUUUGGGAUCUCUUCCAACAGCGAUGUCUUUGCCAAGUACCAGCUCAGCAAAGAAGGAGUUGCCCUUUUUAAGAAGUUUGAUGAAGGACGUAACAAUUUUGAAGGGGAGAUAACGAAAGAGAAUCUGUUGAACUUCAUCAAAUCAAACCAGCUGCCUUUGGUGAUUGAAUUCACUGAACAGACUGCACCCAAAAUCUUUGGAGGAGAGAUCAAGACCCACAUCCUAUUGUUCCUGCCCAAGAGUGUUACAGACUAUCAGGGAAAACUGAAUAACUUCAAGAAAGCAGCAGAGAGCUUCAAAGGAAAGAUCUUGUUCAUCUUCAUAGACAGCGACCAUGGUGAUAACCAGAGGAUCUUGGAGUUCUUUGGCCUCAAGAAAGAGGAAUGCCCUGCCAUUCGCCUCAUUACCCUGGAGGAAGAAAUGACCAAGUACAAGCCAGAGUCAGAUGAGCUAACUCCAGAGAACAUCAGGGACUUCUGCAACAAGUUCUUGGAGGGCAAAGUUAAGCCCCAUUUGAUGAGCCAAGAGGUUUCUGAUGACUGGGACAAACAACCUGUAAAAGUUCUGGCUGGAAAAAUGUUUGAAGAAGUUGCCUUUGAUGAGAAUAAGAACGUAUUUGUGGAAUUCUAUGCUCCCUGGUGUGGCCACUGCAAACAGCUGGCUCCCAUCUGGGAUAAACUAGGCGAGACAUACAAAGAUCAUGAAAACAUUAUCAUUGCCAAGAUGGACUCCACUGCCAAUGAGGUUGAAGCAGUGAAGGUCCACAGCUUCCCUACCCUCAAGUUUUUCCCUGCAGGCCCUGGCAGAACGGUUGUAGACUACAACGGUGAGAGAACACUGGAAGGUUUUAAGAAGUUCCUGGAAAGUGGUGGAAAAGAUGGAGGUGUAGAUGAAGAUGAUCUGGAAGAUCUAGAGGAUACUGAAGAGCCAGAUGUGGAAGGAGAAGAGGAAGAAGAUGCUAAAACUCAAAAAGAUGAAUUGUAAAGACAAGUCAAAGUCCAAUCUGCAUAUCCCCAGACACUACACUGUGGCUGCCAUUUCAUGCAGUCAAGCAAGUCCAGAAACCAACUUGAACCAGAAGGCAGAUGCUGUCUGAGAGUACAGGGAAUGGUCUAAAGUAACCCUUCAUCCUAACCUGUCUGUCAACUGAUUCUUCUAGUUAAUUUUUUUCCAGUUUGGAAGAGGGAUCUGACUUUAGGUAGCCAGCCCUGCUGGGUCUUUCUCCCUCAUAUACACACUGUGAUGCACAUUUUCUUUUCCUAGAGUGUUCUGUGAUCUGGGUAGAAGCAGAUUGAAAUUGCAACAUGUCCCAUUGCCUAACUCACUUUGGAGCCUCACCAGUAAUGCCUCCUUAAAACUUAGUCACACUUGUCCAAAUGUCAUAAGCUGCUGUUGGCCCAGCAGGAUCUUGGUUACUGUCUCAGCUGUUCUCAACUAUUUUUUUGGGGGGGGGCUGCUCCAGAGUGGAGGAAACUACUAGGCUGACCUCAGUGAUGAUGCCAGUGGAAAGGGUUAUGAGGGGGUGGGGAUGGAGGUGGUAGGUCCUUUUAACUCAUUGCAUGGUCUUGCUUCCCCUUUAUACUGCAUAAUAUCUAUCUCUUCCAAAGAUUAGGAUGGCACAGAAGACUGUCCUUGAGGGAAGAAGACACAAUUGCUCCCUCACCUGAGGUGUAAUCUUAACUUGUGUUGCCACCCUGCUCCCUGAACAAACAUAAGACUUGCUCUUUCCACAUUUGCUUUGUGAAUGGGUUCCCCGGGCAUUUUCAGAGCUGUUUGGGAAGAGGCCUGCCAGAAUGCAACAAAAAGGACACUCAAUAACUAGGGGUUUUUUGUGGGGGUACUUGAGAGCCAAGGAGUGCUAUGUAUGAGGAGAAGAAUGUGUAUGUUGGCAGAAUUGGAAUUAGUUUUGAGCAUCCAUGAUGCUAAAAGGGAUGGAACUCAUUGGCCAAAUAAAAGUUGAUUUUUAAUACUA